CGCUUUUGAAUGGCCCGCGCAUUAAACGCCAAAAUAAACAUGGCGUCCUUCGCGUGUGUUCGCAUGAUUCGGGCGCUCGGAAGACCUUUACGAUUGACACGUAAUGCUAUCACAAGCAAUAGUCGAUCAUUCUGCGACUCAAGGAACAAUGGCAAACUGGAAAAAUUGGAUGAGCUGCUUAAGAGUUUCUCGAACGAAAAACGUCCCGAUGCUCCGACGGUGACUGCAGCCAAGGCUUCGAAAACCAAAAAUGUUCAGUUUCCAGGCGUUGCUCCGCAGGUCGUGGUCGCUGCUAAAGAAGCCGCCAAAACCCUGCCUGGCAGCGUCACUGAAAAUCUCACGCGACUUGUUCAAGAGCUCCAGCAAGUCAACAGGGAAUCAGGCGCGGUAUCGUUGGAUCAGCUCCUGGGUGAUAUUGAGGUCUAUCGCCAUAGGAAAAAGCGUCAUGAUUCAAGCAGUGUUAAUAAGGAAUUGAAUGAGAAAAUGGAUGAAAUAUGUUCCAUGGCCAUGGGAGAAGAGGUUGAGUAUCAAGAGUUCCAAAGAGUAGCACCUCGUGGUAAUGCGCGACGGAAGAAAGUUAAGCACCAACAGCACGAUACGGUUCAACAGUUCCCGCUGUUUGAGGGCCCAGGUCUUGGAAUAUUCACCUCGACAUCGCAUGACGACAAAAUGUUUAAACCUGUAACCCUACUGGACACGCUUGUAGAACGCGAAGCACGCCAAAAAAUUACAGUGAUUCCAAAAAACGCGCUCGACGAAAUGAUCCUGUGGACCGAAAGUGGAAAACUGUGGAAAUUUCCCAUUGACAAUGAAGAGGGAUUCGACAAAGAAGCUACUGUUAGUUUCGAGGACCACGUAUUUUUGGAACAUCUAAUCGAAGACGAUGCGGCGUUCCCACACGGACCGGUUCGAGAGUUCAUGGAACUCGUAUGUGUCGGCCUCUCAAAAAACCCAUACAUCACAGUUGAACGAAAGCAUGCGUGCAUCGAGUGGUAUCGCGACUACUUCACAAAAAAGAAAAAACUUGUCAAGGCAGCUGCACAGAACUGAAAACAGAAAAAUAACUAAUGGGACAGAAAACGGUUUAGCAUGCCGCUCCAAUUUUAUUUUAGUCAAAAGUGUCAUUGUUUUGUCCGAUUUGCGCAAAUUCGUAGAAGGUGCAUUACGAUAAUGGUUUCAGUAUGCGUGUUAUAAUAGAAGCCCGAGCGAAAAAACGAAGUUCGAAAGUGGAUUGCUUCCACGGAACUACAGGCGGAAAAAGAUCCAAAAGAUGGAAAAGUUGUUAAGGUUUUAAUAAAGUAAAUUGUUUAAAUUA